CUGCACGACCGGAAGUGGCCGUUGAAGCCGGCUUUAGGCGUGAAAAGAGGUUGGCGCGGGGGAAGUCCAGCUGCUUUGGCUGUCGUCGGAGGAAGGACGAGAGCCGGGCCCCGCCCUGUUUAUCCACCUCCCAGCUUUUCCGCUCGGCAACAGGUGUGUCUUCCUGAGCCCUCGGGAGUAUGAGCCCUCAAGUGUGCGAAAAGGUAACCGUCUGGGGCAGCCAACUUAAGUGUGUGUAAGGGCUCAGACUCCUGCUGGACAUCUGGGCUCCAGACCGAGGACCCAGCUGAAGAGUCGCUGCUUGGGAAGCCCUGGUGUCCAAAUUCCAAGAGGAACGGGAUGAGCACCUGAGAUGGAAGAUCUGUCGUCUCCAGAGUCUGCCCUUCUCCAAGGGGGACAUACUUUACUCCCAUCAGCUAGUUUUCAGGAAUCAGUGACCUUCAAGGAUGUGAUAGUGGACUUUACCCGGGAAGAAUGGAAACAGCUGGAUCCCGUACAGAGAGAUUUAUUCAGGGAUGUGACAUUGGAAAAUUAUACACAUCUGGUCUCUAUAGGGCUGCAAGUUUCCAAACCUGAUGUGAUUUCCCAGUUAGAGCAAGGGACAGAGCCAUGGAUAGUGGAGCCCAGCAUUCCAGUAGGUACCUUUGGAGACUGGGAGACGAGACCAGAAAAUAGUGUAUCAGUCCCAGAGCUGGAUGUUUCUGAAGAAGAGCCAUCUCCAGGGGCAAGAGUGGAGAAGCACAAAAGGGAUAUUCCUUGGAGUUGCAGCUUCUUAGAAACUUGGGAAUCGGAGGGCAGUCCAGGGAGGCAGGCGAACGAACAGACACUGCCAAGGGAGAGAAAAAUAACUGAAAAAACAGUACCUACUUUGGAGAGAGACCAUGUAAAUAACGACUUUGAAAAAAGGAUCAAUCUAAGUUCAGACCUUCUAACACAAAAAGAAAUAUCUCCAGAAGAGACCUCUACUAAAACAAGCGUCAAACGGAAUUUAAACCCAGUUAAAAAAGAGAAAUCUUGUAAGUGCAAUGAAUGUGGGAAAGCUUUUAGUUAUUGCUCAGCUCUUAUUCGUCAUCAGAGAACACAUACUGGAGAAAAACCCUAUAAAUGUAAUGAAUGUGAAAAAGCCUUCAGCCGGAGCGAAAACCUUAUAAACCAUCAAAGAAUUCAUACUGGAGAUAAACCAUAUAAAUGUGAUCAGUGUGGCAAAGGCUUCAUUGAGGGUCCGUCUCUUACUCAACAUCAAAGAAUUCACACUGGAGAAAAGCCCUAUAAGUGUGAUGAAUGUGGAAAAGCCUUUAGUCAGAGGACCCAUCUUGUUCAGCAUCAGAGAAUUCAUACCGGUGAGAAACCAUACACUUGUAAUGAGUGUGGAAAAGCCUUUAGCCAGAGAGGCCACUUUAUGGAACAUCAGAAAAUUCAUACAGGAGAAAAACCUUUUAAAUGCGAUGAAUGUGAUAAAACCUUUACCAGGAGCACACACCUUACUCAACAUCAAAAAAUUCAUACUGGAGAGAAAACCUAUAAAUGUAACGAAUGUGGGAAGGCUUUCAACGGGCCCUCAACAUUUAUUCGGCAUCAUAUGAUUCAUACUGGUGAAAAACCGUAUGAAUGCAAUGAAUGUGGGAAGGCCUUCAGUCAGCACUCAAACCUCACUCAACAUCAGAAAACACAUACUGGGGAGAAGCCUUAUGAUUGUGCUGAAUGUGGGAAAUCCUUCAGUUACUGGUCAUCCCUUGCUCAACAUCUGAAAAUUCAUACUGGAGAAAAACCUUACAAAUGCAAUGAGUGUGGAAAGGCCUUCAGUUACUGCUCAUCCCUUACUCAGCACCGGAGAAUUCACACCAGAGAAAAGCCCUUUGAAUGCAACGAAUGCGGAAAGGCUUUCAGUUAUCUCUCAAACCUUAAUCAACAUCAGAAGACCCACACCCAAGAGAAAGCUUAUGAAUGUAAGGAGUGUGGGAAAGCCUUUAUUCGGAGCUCAUCUCUCGCUAAACACGAAAGAAUUCACACUGGUGAGAAACCCUAUCAAUGUCACGAAUGUGGAAAAACCUUCAGUUACGGCUCGUCUCUUAUUCAGCACAGGAAGAUCCAUACUGGAGAAAGACCUUACAAGUGUAAUGAAUGUGGGCGAGCCUUCAACCAGAACAUUCACCUUACGCAACACAAGAGGAUUCACACAGGCGCAAAGCCCUAUGAGUGUGCUGAGUGUGGCAAAGCCUUUCGACAUUGCUCAUCUCUUGCUCAGCAUCAAAAAACUCACACGGAAGAAAAACCCUACCAGUGUAAUAAAUGUGACAAGGCUUUUAGCCAGAGCUCCCACCUGGCUCAGCAUCAACGAAUUCACACCGGAGAGAAGCCCUAUAAGUGCAACGAAUGUGACAAAGCCUUUAGCCGAAGCACCCAUCUGACUGAACAUCAGAAUACUCAUACUGGAGAGAAACCUUACAACUGUAACGAAUGCAGGAAGACUUUCAGUCAGAGCACUUACCUCAUUCAGCAUCAGAGAAUCCAUUCAGGAGAGAAGCCUUUUGGAUGUAAUGAUUGUGGAAAAGCCUUCAGAUACCGUUCGGCUCUCAACAAACAUCAGAGACUGCACCCUGGCAUAUGACUAUUCUAGGAACAUCAUAAAUGUAGGGGGUGCAUUUACUCUAGUCUGUCCUUUUGUUAAAGUACAGAAGAAUUGGGGUGGAUCGAGAAACUGCCUAAAAUAUUUUUACUUUUCACUGUCAUACUGUGGAGUGGAAAGUACUUUGGGCUGAAGUAAUCCAGUUAGGUUGUUAAGCAACUUUGUAAACAUUGGCAAAUUCAACCAUUUUAAGCUUCAGUUUGCUCUGCAAAAUGAGAGAUUUUGAGUAGGUGAUUUCAAAGAUCGUUUGGCGUUUUGUAUUCAGUUUUGUAUACUCACAAUAUAUUCUUGAGUAGGAUUAUUACACGUCAGCAUUUUGCUACAUUGCAUCUAGAGUGUUUGUAUUUAUGCAUGUUUUGUCAGUAGAGGAAGCAUUUGUGUUUCAG